GUGGAAUCGAUAUUGUUACGGGCGGUAUGGGGUGUAAUUAUCAUACUUGGUACAGUGGGCAACAGUUUGGUGAUAUUUACAAUGGUACGACAUGGCGACAGAUCAGCGACAAGUUACUACAUCAUAGAUCUAGCCCUCGCCGACCUGGCCUUUAUAACUAUCUCGUUUCCCCUUACGUCCAGUAUGUUCGCUGAUAAAAAUUGGUUGUACGGUGCCUUCAUGUGUAAACUGGUCAACUAUAUCAUACUAGUAACGUUACAUGCAACGUGUAUAACCCUGACAGCCAUGACCAUUGACAGAUACUUCGCUAUUGUUCAUCCUAUAAGAUCUAUCAGGAAUCGAACCCCGAAAACUUCUCUUCUUAUCAGCCUCGGCAUCUGGAUCGCAUCUCUAAUGGUUUGUGUACCUUAUUUGAUUUUCUACCGCCAAGUUGUCGUUCCUGACUCUGGUGUUUAUUGCCUGAUGGAUGACGAAUAUGUACUCAGCCUGUCGUCAAUUAUUGUUGUCCUGACAACCUACGUAGUCCCGUUAAUAAUCAUAGUCGUCUGCUACACUCUCAUUCUCAAACAUCUCUGGAAGAGUCAUACACCUAUGAACGGAGCAAGCCAGUCAACCGGAAGUUCACAAUCUGACAAGCGCAGAAAGAAAGUCACCAAGAUGGUGGCCAUUGUUGUUAUUCUCUUCGCCACUUUCUGGUUCCCAAUUCAUGCUUUUAAUCUGUGCUUCGUAGUUUGGGAGGAUUUCCCUCUGACCAAGGUAACCAUGAGGAUUAAGAUGUUCGCUCUAACUUUAUCCUACGCGAGUUCGUGUGUGAAUCCAUUCGUUUACGCUUUCAUGGGCGACGGUUUCAGACGAGCUUUUCACAGAACCUUUCCUCAAGUGUCUCGAAACGGACGU